UGUCCUCUCAUGGAGCUUCCUGUUGAGUUGCGCCUGAAGAUCUACCGUCUUGUGCUCAAAGCCACUGGCUUUCGUCUGCGUGUCGGCAGAGGAACAUUCUUGGCAUACGAGGAAAAGGUUCCUGUCUGGGCCUCUACUUCUCAGAACAUAUUCACCAUGCCCCGCAUCUCAAAGAUGCUCGCGUUGCUCUCGGUCAGCAAGCAGAUUCACAGUGAGGCCAUGCCUGAGUUCUACAGGGAAAACCACUUCGAGUUCCUCGACAUGAGCUGUCUGAAGAGCUUUCUUACAAACAUCGGUACUGAGAGAAGAAAGUUCAUCCGG